AACGUGUCGACGCGGUCGUGUGUGUUCCUGGUGAGGAAGCGAACCCUGCCUGCUUACUUGCCGGGCAAGAAGUGAGAACAGCGUGGGGUGCGGAAGCGACCGGACCGGGGAUGGCUACAAGAAGGACCGUGGCGGCGAGCGUUACUGCCCAGCGGCCUGCGUGGGCGGCCGUGGCGAGGAGGAUGGAGGGCGUGUCGCGCUACUUCAGCGACAAGGCCUCCGGCAGGCUGCUCAGCGAGGAGGAGCGCGCCGCCGAGAACGUCUACAUACAGAAGAUGGAGCGGGAGAAGCUGGAGAAACUGAGGAGGAAGGAGGACAAGGCCAAGGCCGAGGCGGCCAAGAGGGCCGCCGCCGCCGCCAGAGGCGACACGAAGAAUGGUGAGGAGGCUCAUCCGAGCUGAUUGAUCAUCGCAAAAUCAGACCGGUGCUCCCGUGAAUCCUGUGAUGCUGUACUACUGAUGACACGUAGAUGCAAAUAGACGCCGUCGUACUAGGUACUACUCUGCAUGGAGAGGAACGUUUGCUCUCUUUUGCAACUCUGCUCGUCGUGUCGUGUGUAAUCCCAUCCCUGUCACGGUUGUGAACUUCGCUUGUAGCUAGCGACGGUUUUGCCUUGCCUUGUCCCUUGUCGGUGCAACUGGAGUGGAGUGGAGGCGUCCUUGAGCCUCUUCCAUGUACAUAGGUUGUCAAUAAUAAUAAUGAAUAAAUGUAGUCCCCUCGUCGAAAACAAUAAAAAAA